AGAAGGCGCGCUAACUGGGUUUCAAAAAAGAAAUUCUCUGACCUUGCAACGAGACCACAGCAAGAGAAAGGCAGCAGUCCAUUCAGAUUCCGUUGGGUAUUUGCGCCUUCUUCUACUAAACAUGUUGUAUAAAAAGAAUCUGCUGUCUUCGAUAAUUGAAAGUAGUUGGAAAAUAUUUUGGCGGAAGGAAAUUUCUCAGAGCGAACGAAGAAGAACAUGGAAGCCCUAGCUUCGAGCUCCUCCAAAUCUGGGCCUCAGCCUCAACCUAAGAUCAUUUUUGUCCUCAAUAACCUUUCGUUGACUGAGAAUUAUGAAGAUGAUUUUCUUUCCGGUCAAUUUCUUUUGCCUCGACCGUUGGAGAUUAUCUGUGAUGCUUACGCACCGCCUUUGCAAUUCAUUUUGGAGACCCCCCUUAAUAUGCUAGGCAGGAUAGGAGCUGUCUGCUUAAGUUUUGGAAGCAGAGGAUAUUAUGAGAUAAUACCUGCAGCUCAUGCUGGAAAUGCGCUGUCACCAAAUGCAAUAAGGGAAUUGUUGGUUGAACUGUUUCGGACUCACUUGGUUCUACAUCAGCAACACUUGGUGUCUGCAGCUCGGUAUAUUGCCAGUGAUGAACAGCAUUUGACUAAUAGAUUGCCCGCAAACUCUCUCAUUAUUGGUGGGUGUCAAGUCAAAAGUCUUGUAGUUGUUAUUAAUUAUCUAUGGGUUAAGGUUGGUGGAUUUGCUAGGAGAGAGAUUGCCAAUCAUAUUGGAGAAUAUGUGAGAGCUCAAAUGGGUCCAAGGAUCAUGCUGGGAAACAGGAUUGCAGUCAUUGUGUAUUUAAUGUAUAAAAGAGCCCCUUGGUAUCUCUCUUUAUUUAGCUUAGAUUUCAAAUCCAUAAACUAUGAUCUCUGAGUGUCGCUAACCAAAUUGUCUUUCUUCACUCGGUGUAGAUUCAAAUAUUGAGGCCAAGUUCCUGUUUAUUGAACAUUACAAAUCAGCUAAGACAUUCAAGCAUAAUAUCUUUAUUUAACACUUUUCAGGCUCAGACCUCUCUCGCUCCUAGGUAGAGAUACCUCUGUCCUUCUGACAUCAAUUGAGGGUCAUUCUUGCCUUCCAAUGUCAAAGGAAUCUGAGAAUACAUUGUUUAGCUUCUUAUUGUUUUAGGUCCUUAUAUACAUUGUUCAUUUCGCUAAAGUUACUCAUUGAGGUAGAAUGGACAAUGAACACAUGCAAUUUUAAAAUCCAAUUUGGAUUGAUCUUGUAAAUCGUUAAACCUCCUCUGCAUGUGAUAAGUUUGAAUUUCCUUUUUCUUUAUUGUCUCUAUUGUUCUCUAUAUAUCAAAUUCCUGUGAUUUUUGCUUUGACCUUGAUGAAAUUAAUCUCAAUUGUUCUCUUGAUGUAAAAGGAAUGUAUCUGUUUAAUGUGACUAGAUUUGUUCUCUUUGCAGUUUCUGGGUGUAGUUUAACUGCAUCCUCCACCGUUGCUAAAGUUUGUAUUGAAUGUAUGAAUGCAUUGGGCAUAGACUAAACCUCAUAGCUUUUGGGUCAGAAUGUUGUUGCUACAAUUGAAUUUGUUCUUGUACAUCUUGUACACUUUUGUGAGGUAUGUGGAAGCUAGGACCCACUAUAACGGUAAAAGGAUAAUUCUUGAACAUCAUGAAUGGUGCAAAUUUCUCUUUUAGCGAACCAUUUAUUGGUUUGGAAAUGAAGUUUUGAAUACUUUUGCUGGAAAUCUAAUUUUCUGAUAUUCCUACAUGACCCAUUGCAGCUUUAUUGAAUCUCAAAUGAUCCUGAAGUUAUUUCUUCGUUCUUGUGCCUUCAAUCUUUGAGCAAGGGUUUGGUGUCAUUUAACUAUAAAUUUGUCUUUUUAUUGUUUUCCAACCUUUUCAGUAUGAACUAAGAAGAUUGAUUAAACGGUGACUUUGCAAUUUGUUUUGUUUUUGUUCCAGUGGUUUACAUUCAAUAUAUAUAUAUAUAUAUAUAUAUUUUUGGGUAACCACAUUUAAUAAAAGGAUAAUUUUGAAAAGAAGGGAAAUUUCAUAAUGACCAACUUUUAAAAAACAAAACAUUUUGAUAUUUUCUUUUCAUUUCAUACCUUAAAUGCCCUUACUCUUUUAUUUAUUUAUUAAUUUAUUAAUUAUUAUUAUUAUUAUUAUUUUUUGAAGAUGUAAAAACACCCAUGUCAGUGUCACUGAUCCCAAACCACUCUGGGAGAGGAGAGGAAGAGACAAAGCUGCCUUCUCCAUUGUGAACACCUUGUGAAGCAAGAAGCAAGAUGAAGGAAAGGUAUGUAUUAACGGAUUUUCAAAUGGACCAACAUUGAUGGAUGGAAUGAGAAAAUUGUUGAAAAUUUUAUAAUUUAUUCGAAGAUAAAUUAAGAUAUUGAAAUUGAAAGGGAAGUUUCUACAAAGUAUGAAAACGCAAGUGCAAAGUAUUCAAAAAUUUCAAACUACAAAGGAAAUUUAUGAUAUUGAUCCUAAAAGAAAAAGUUGGUAGCGGUAAACAUACAAGAGAACGGUUAGUUGCACCGUGCUACCCUCUAGUUUCAUGCUUAUGCAAUUUAGGCCAUUUCUUUUAGUAGUCACUACGUUGAGGACUUGAAUUUGAUUUUGUGCACAUCGAUCCAAAUGGAUCUUAGAUAAACAGAAUAGUUAAGUGUCCAUCCAUGGGAUGCAUAUGUCACCAAUUUUCACUGCUAAUAUGAACAUAAGAGAAGAAAAAGGAAGAAGGAAAGAAAAAUAAAGCAGGAAGAAGAAGGUCACGUAGAUGAAGCAAGAAGGAAGAAAUAUAAACAGAAAGGAAGAGAAACUCCCUUUUUUUAGUUUGCAGACGAAUUAAACUGUGAGAUAGAAAAAGAAAGGAGAAACUCCUUUUUUAGGUUUGCAGACAAAUCUAACUCUAAAUGUCGGGGAUGCAUAUGUGGAAUGAGAGCCAAAUGGUGUUUCUGAGGUUUUAGUGCUCAUAGGUUGUGGACAUUCUGGGAUUUCUGAUGAACUUGAGUCCUACUCUCUCUAUAUCUCUCUCACCUUUUUUUGGUUUGUUUGUUUGUUCUGUUAUGUUUUUCUUCCAUUGAUUUGGAACCCCAUAAACCAGCUUUUUGUGAACAGAGAAAAUGAGGGCGCGAGAUGAAUA